AUGGGUGCCGAGGGCAGCCGGGAAGGGGGGGCGGCCGGGAUCGGGGCCGGGGACGUUAUUCUCAACGAACCUCACCGCGAUGCAGUGGCAUCCGCCAUCUCAAGGGUCUUGUCCACUGAGAUAGCCGAGAUCACAUACGCCCAAAUUGUUGAUGGCCUCCCACUUCUACAAGUCUUUAAAGAUGUCCAUGGCCAUCUCAUCUGCCUUGAUCACCCAAUUCACCAGCAUACACAGCUUAAAGAUAAUACAUUAGACACAGUCCGCCAAAUCCGUAACGAAUUUAAUCCAAAUAUCCUCCAGUUCGAUAUUCCGCUCUUGUCGGCAUUCCAGGCUGCCUCUCCCGGUUCCAGAGCCUUCGGCAUACGGCUGAUUGAGAUUAUCGCUAUUUCAGUGCAUCAAGUUGCAGUGCUGCUGUACCAAAAUAAUUCUGAUCUGUCCACGCCAGGAUCAGCCCUACAGUUGGUGCACACCCGGACCCCGCCUAAGGAUGACUACGACGGCAGCUUAUGGUGGCGCUUCAACCGCGACGGGCCGCCUGCCACGCUUUUCCGCCAUACCUGGUACCGCGAAUGUGCACAGUACCCUCAUGGUGCUGCAGACGUGGCGGGAUAUUGGGCCGAGAACAGGGGCGGAGCGAGGGAAGGCAGCAGCGCCGGGUCGGAUGCGGUGUAUCUCCACCCCGACCGUGACGAGGUCACGUACCGGAUCUGCCUUCUCACGGAUGCACAGAAGAUGGCCCUGCUCGACUUCUUGCUGGAUACGUCCGGCACCGGGUCUACCUGUCCACUACCAAUCAUCCCAGACGAGACCAAUAUGCAACGUGUCGACCCGGAGGAGCCCAUAGAAUACACUAGCGUUUAUCGCGACCAGUGGGAAAGGAAGAUGCCGCCGCCCUUGUGGAUGGGUGACGGGAGAGACUCAUGCGUGCACAAUCCGCUUGACUUCCCAACCAAGAUGGACCAAGAUGAUGCGAGAUCCCGUUUAAGGAGCAGGGGUGACAGGCGUGGUCAUGAUCAUGAUGGUGAUGAUGAUGAGUGA